ACAAUUGUAAAAGAAGAGUGGCUAAUAAAUUAUUCUUCUGUUAUUUCCAAUAAAUACGGAAAUAAGAGAGCCCAAGAUAAUUAGAAUAAGCUUCGAUGUGUAAUCGCUGGUGGCUCAGGUGGAUUUCGCAGCGGAGAUAAGAUCUUUUGCGAUCUCGUGCAACUCUUUAAUUACAGAAGUAAUUACUGCGUGCAAAUCAGUGCAACAACGAUGGCGACCUUAGACUCGCAGGCCGAUAAAACUUUAUGUCAUCUUGAUAAGCUUUCAAAGAUAGAGGUUGCUGAAAUUUCGUCCGACUAUGGACUUCCUGUUGGGAUUAGUCCAUUGGAAUCUCGGGUAGCCGGACAUUCGUUAGACAGCGAACGGCAGACGAUUGGGAUGUUGCGUACGUCGAAUGGCCGUGUAUUUAAACCUGUUAUUAAACCGUUACUUGGUAAAAGAGAAAUUACGUUCUAUGAAAAUUUACAAAUAUCGCAAGAUCCUGUUAUGAUACAACUGAAGAGUUACGUUCCAAGAUAUUACGGCACGGCAGAGUUACAAAUUUUCGGCAGACAAAUAACGUUCCUCAAGCUGAAAGAUAUCACCGAAGGUAUGGCAGAGCCGUGUGUGAUGGAUAUAAAGAUAGGUAGACGAACGUGGGAUCCUUUGGCCACGCCUGAGAAAAAAGCGACAGAAGAAUUGAAGUACGCCGAAUCUAAGCGUACUUACGGAUUCUGUAUAACCGGCUUUCAAGUUUAUUCCGUCACUUCGGGACAGUUGAAAAAGUUUGGCAAACAUUACGGGAAGAACCUGGAUGCGAAAGCUGUUGUGGAAGCGCUGAAAAUCUUCCUGAAUAUAAGUCCAGAAAGACCGCCCUGUCGUCAAUUGAUCGUGAAGCUUCUCUCUUUCUUGUGGAAGAUCUUACUAUUCUUUCGUACCCAGCGGUUGUUCCGCUUUUAUUCUAGUUCUCUGUUGGUGGCAUACGACGCGAAAAGAUUGCGGCAUUAUCUUCGCUUGAAUGAGAAAGGCGUGAAUAGAUCAUCCGAUGGUAACGUAGAUAGUAAAUCAUUUUCCACGACGAACAGUCAUCGCACGACCACAUCGAACGUGUUCGACGCGACAAGUAACAACGUCGACACAAGCAGAAACAGGACGACAGAAAGGGUACAUUUCAUUAAGAGGAGCAUCAGCCUGAGCAGCGAGUACGACUGGUCGAAAAAGGAAAGGAUCGUGAACAGAAGUGAAUCGUGCAGUCCGGAUUUUCAAGCGGAUCGUCCCUGUCGCACGAAUUCUUGCGCGAGCAAUUUCGACGACGACAUCGUUCGUAUGAAAGAAGAUUACGACGAUCUGGUGAACGAGCUAACUAGUUCCUCGGAAGAGAAGCAGAACUGGGUUAGAAUUAACAUGAUCGACUUUACGCACGUCUUCCCGGCAGAGGAUCAUAGCACGUUGGAUCGAAAUUAUUUAGAGGGGAUCGAGAACUUGAUCAAACUCGUAGAGAUGUUCCUAGUCUCUAAGGAUACCACCGGCGCAUAAACUAUAUAUUUAUCUGAACAUAGGAAUUCGUUGUUACCUGCUUUUUCUUUUAAAUCACGAAAAUAAGAACUCUGUUACCACAACAACAACAACUCUGUUAUAUAUCCGUCUAAACGAAAAUCAAUUGUUUUCUCGACGUUAGUUUUGUCCGGUGAGAGUUGUAAAUCGAAAGUUGUACAAUUCUUGACGGUGCACACAAAGGUGUAUUAAAAAGCACGGAGGAGGAGACAAAGCG